CUGCGCGUGCACUUGCGACUUGAUUAUCAUCUCCCGGCUAUUCAUCCUAGUCUUUAUCAAUAUAAAGACGUGUCAUUUCUGAGAUCUGACAUCUGUAUCGCGAGAUAUCCGAAUAUCUUCUUGUUCAAGGAGCGUGCCUUCACCACCUUUCCCGGCCAUAACUAGGUCCACUGCGACACCCGUGUCUGCCGAAUUGACAAAGAUACACACGCGAUGGCAAACGCGAAGACAAAGGUAUCUGCGAAGCACCAAGGAAAGGAUAUCAGAGGUUUCUUCGGUGGGAGCAGCCAGACGACACCGGUCGAGUCCAACUCAACACAACGAUCGAACGCCUCCAAAGGCAGCUCAGGAACCGGCAACUCCAAGCCCAUAGAGAUCAGUGACGAAGAUGACCCAAGGCCUUCCGCGAAAACGGCCACAUCCUCCAAGGCGAAGAAAGCACCUGUUCUGAAAAGUGACCGAGUGAUGGAGAUCGACGACGACGAAGAUGAUAAGCCACGUCGCUCCGUCAAGCGUAAGAAAGCCAUCUUGCUAUCUAGCGAUGAUGAAGACGAGGACAUCAAGAUCGCUUCUCCGCCAAGGAAGAAAGCUGCAAUAGCCGCGGCGUCAUCAUCCAAGGCGAGCCACAGCACAUCCGCCGCGAAGACCCAUCCGAAGCCCAAGGAGUCGACUCCCCGCAAAAAAGCCACGAGGAAGAAAAGGAGCAAGGACGACGAAUUUAUUGUGUCUGACUCAGAGUCAGAGGCAGAUGAUUUUGAAGGUGAAGACGUAGACGAGGAAGAGCAGAAGCCCAGGAAAGGCAGCGGCAAGAGUAAGGGGGCAUUUAAGAAGGUUCAUGCAAAACCGCACGCGAAAGCUGAGAAAGCGCAUGGUCAUGCUGACGCCAAAUCUAAGCCUGCCGGUGAGGAGCAGCCAAAGAAAUUUAACUGGUACGCUGCGAAAGCGGCCAAGGCAGCUGGCCCAAUCGCGCCAGGCUCGAAGCCCAUACCGCAAGCGGCUGCACCUGAUUGUCUUGCAGGUCUGUCGUUCGUGUUUACGGGCGAGUUGACGAGCCUCUCUCGCGAUGAGGCUGUAGAACUGGCCAAACGCCAUGGAGGACGUGUCACUGGGCAGCCCUCGUCAAAGACUUCAUACGUCGUGGUAGGGACUGAUGCGGGCCCGAGCAAGCUGGCCGCGAUCAAGAAAAACAAUCUGAAGACACUGGACGAGGAUGGCUUCUUGAACCUCAUCGCGACACGCGUGCCUGACCUAAGUCAGCUGGACGAGAAGACGAAGAAGAAGCUCGCGAAAGAGAAGGAAGCAAUUCGUGAAGCAGCAGCGGAGAUGGAGAAGCGGGAGAAGAAAGCGAUGAAGGAGAGCAUGGCGAGUGGCUCCGGCUCGAAACCUGAUGCGGCGAACCAACUCUGGACGGACCGGUACGCGCCGCAGACGCUUAAGGAGGUCUGCGGGAAUAAGGGACAAGUCGAGAAGCUGCAGCGUUGGCUGCAUGACUGGUCGUCCAACCUUCAUUCCGGCUUCAAGAAGCCAGGCAAGGAUGGUAUGGGUGUGUAUCGUGCCGUGCUGAUCACAGGCCCUCCUGGGAUCGGUAAAACCACGAGCGCUCACUUGUGUGCCAAGCUUGAGGGGUUCACGCCUAUUGAGCUGAACGCAAGUGACUCAAGGAGCAAAAAGCUCGUAGAAAACAGCACGAAUAUUGCCAAUACAUCGCUCGAUGGGUGGAUGCACGGAGAACACGCGACUAAUGCCGUUGGCAUUCCUCUCACGGACAAGUCUUGCCUCAUCAUGGAUGAGGUUGAUGGGAUGUCCGCAGGAGACAGAGGCGGUGUCGGUGCAUUAGCUGCACUGAUCAGGAAGACAAGGAUCCCGAUCAUCUGUAUCGCGAAUGAUCGAGGCGCAAUGAAGCUCAAACCUCUCAUCAAUGUCGCGUAUAGCUUGGCUUUCAGGAGGCCAGAGGCGAACGCUGUCCGAUCAAGAAUACUCUCGAUAGCCUUCAAAGAGAAAAUGAAGAUUCCAGCCAACGUCAUCGACCAACUCAUCGAAGGCGCUCAGUCUGAUAUCCGUCAGGUGCUUAACAUGCUUUCUACGUGGAAGCUGUCAAGUAGUGCAAUGGACUUUGACGAAGGCAAAAGGCUCGCCAAAGCGAACGAGAAAUACUCAAUCAUGACUCCAUUCGAUAUAACGCAUAGGAUGCUCGGACCGUAUAUGUUCUCCGCGACCUCUCGCGAGACCCUCAAUGACAAGAUCGAGCUGUACUUCCACGACUUCUCAUUCGUACCGUUGUUCAUCCAGGAGAACUACCUCAAAACACAACCCGCGAAAAUCCGAUCGCUCGAGGGACCGGAGAAGGUUAUAAAACAGUUGGAGCUCAUGGACAAGGCUGCUGCUUCGAUAUCGGACGGGGACAUUGUUGAUGCUCAGAUACAUGGGCCUGAGCAAUAUUGGUCAUUGAUGCCCCUACAUGCCAUUUGUUCAACUGUCCGGCCUGCAUCACUCCUUUACGGUGGCGGCUCAGGAUAUGGCGGGCCGAAUGCGACGUCCUUCCCCCAGUGGCUUGGGCAGAAUUCUAAGCAAACUAAGCUCACGCGCCAGCUGACGGAAGUGCAAGCUCGCAUGCGCCUCAAGAUCUCGGGCGACAGGCCCGAUAUCCGACAAUCAUACGUGCCGGCACUGUUCCCGCACAUUGUCCAGCCGCUCAUGGACAAGGGCGCGAAUGCAAUCGACGACGUGAUUGAGUGGAUGGACGACUACUUCCUCUCGCGCGAGGAGUGGGACACCAUCGUCGAGCUCGGUCUGGACGAGCACAAGGAUGCGCUGGUCCUGAAGAAGAUCCCGACGGCCACCAAGACGGCCUUCACGAGGAAAUACAAUUCCAAAGACCACCCGAUACCCUUUCACAAGGCCUUCGAGCUGGGCAAAGUCCCCAAGAAGGUCGCCGUCUCGGGCCCUCUGCCCGACCUUGAGGAGGCGCUGGAGGUGGACGAAGAGAUCGAGGAGACUCCGGAAGGGUCGGAGGAGGCCUCGGAUGACGUGGAGCAUGAUACGCUGAUCGUGGCGCCGAAGGCGGGCAAGGGUAAGGCGAAGGCGAAGGGUAAGGCGAAGAAGUGAAUG